AUGGAUGAAUACUGGCGCUGCCGGGCGCAGACAUCAUUCUCCUCCUGGCCGAGCUCCUCCACAACACCCCGUCUGCAACCCAUGUUUGAUGUGCCGCAGGCUGGAUGGGGACGCGUGGACCUCCUGCUCCUCCCGACCAAGCUUGAUUGUGUGUGCGACCUGCUGACGGCGCUCGGGGUGAUGAAAAUGAAAAUGAAGAAGCAUGUGUAUCUGAUGUCGGAUCUGCACCUUAAACAAGUGUACCUGAUAUUCCAAGCUUACAAUGUGAUCUACACUGAAGCCAAACCGAGCCAGUGGAGAGGCGUGGAGGAGAUAUGCCGGUCUCUGUCGCCCUGUCGUGGAUCGCCACGGCUGCCAACACCCGGCGCCGCCUCCUUCGCUGCUGAUCAACGCCGCCACCACGCCAGGCACUGCCUUCGCCUCGCCGUCGUCCCCCUGUGUCAACUUCCGCCUCCACCGCGCGCAAAACCAAUCGCCAUCGCGCCCCCGCUCCCGUUACGCUUGGCCUCCCUUGCUGGCGGCCCUGCCCAGUGCGGCCUUCCUCACCACGCGCUGCCUCCUGUGUCGCCAGCAUCACGCCCAGCGUCGCCUCCCUCUCCGGCGCGCCUGCAGCCUCCACCGUACAAUGGAGUCGCCGCCGCUGCCACCCCCUUCCCUGGACGUGCUUCCUGUUUGCAACAAUCAAGGUGGAUUAAAGCGGCCGUGAGGUCAAGGAGAGGGAAGGUCCAGGCAUCGGAGAGGAGGAAGAAGGUGGUGAAAGCUGUUCUGUUGCUGCUGAUCCUUUCCAAGCUAGACACGCCCAUGUUUUGUUGCUGCCGAUCCUGUAUCAUAGUGCCCACAAUAUGUUUGAGGAAAACGGAGAACGCCUCCAACACGAUAGCCAUGGGUGCCCGACCCGGAUUUCACAUAUUCUUCGGUGUCAUAAGAAGGAAGCCUCGACCGGAUCACAUCGCAAGUUCUAAAGACAAACGGUCCAAUGUCGCCUCCGCCAACUUCGCGGGAAGACCAUCCACCGUUGUCUCUGUGGACUUCGCUGCAAGACCAUCCGCCGUUGCCUCCGCCGACUUUGCCGGAAGACCAUCAGUUGUCAUCUCCGCCUACUUCGCCGCAGGUAUCUUUUUUUUUUGCAAAUUAUGAUGCAACUAUUUUUGAUUUACAACCAGAGCUUACUGAUGGUUAUAGGAUGAAAAAACGCGCAUAUAAGUUGCAAGAUUUUGAAUAGCAAUUUCUAUGUAUAUGUUCUCCUGCACUUGUGCUGAUAAACUCACUCACUCACUCACAUGGACUGUGGUUAAUUAGAAGAGACAGUCACAUGUGAGGAUGAAAGCUUGGAUCAGCUUCUGUAGUCGCUAUCUUUCAUUUACAACCGAGUUUUCUUAUGGUUAUAGGAUAGAAACUUUGUAUUAUUUUGCCAUCUUCUUUCCUUCGUGAAACUAGCUGCAGCAAGUAGCAAUUUAAACUGAUGCGAGAAAGUAUCUAUCUUUAAUGUCCAACUGAAGAUUUUUCAGUUGAAAACAUCAACCAAGAUACAACAAAUCCUCAUGGUCAGCAAUCUUACCGUUAUAAAGUUUCAGUCAUCCUUUUAGAUAAUUAGGCCUGAGCUCGUUAACUUCCCAUCUUAAGAAACUGUUGUCAAGGUAGUAGUGGAUGCUGCAAUUGAUAAUUACUUGUGCUCUGAGAUGGUGGCUCCUAAAAAUGAUUCAGCACAUCCUUGUGAUUUUGAAGACAAAAAAGAAAGAGAGUUCUCUUACUUGCUGGAUAUACUAUUACUAAUUGCUUCUGCAUUGAGUAUCAGCUGUAUAAGGUGCGCCAGUCCCUUUGACUAUUUUGCAUGCAAUGAUAUGUUUGGCAUGCUUGAAAAAAUACAAGAAACUUACUAAGUGGUCAAGGGCACAAAGUAAAACUUACUGUAACUUAGCUACCAAUGUAACAUACUACUGGUCAGGUUUUACCACUCACCAUUAAUAUGCUGAUGGAGUUCUCCAAUUCUGAAAACAAAUUCACCAUGCAUUGAAUGGAUCAUUCAAUUGUGCAAUGCAAAUGGUGUGUCCUCUGUUAGUCAGAGGAUCUGAGAAUCGGGAUAGAUCAGGAUGGGUUUCAUAUGUGAAAUUUUGCUUAAUGGAUGCUUCAAGUUUCCUCUAAUCAGCAGACCUAUGGGAUACGGGCCUCUGUUUGCCCCUGGUACUCCUGAUGCAGGAGCUACACUUCCAGUUUGACUGCCUGAGGGAAGGGUCUCGCUUCAGUUGCUUUGGGUCAUUAUAUGUUUUUUUUUGUUGAAGGGUGGUACAUGCGCUUAACCGUGUCCAGAACUGAACUUUAGUAGUAGGGACAGCAAAAUUAUCUGAAAAAUACUGUAUAAAUGGUCAUAGAAUGCCAAACAGUUAAGAAAAACUGUAAAGAAAUGCGAACCGAAAGGAAGGGGAAAAUUGUUUUCUAAUGUUAGAAGUCCGAUUGAACUCAGUAGUGGUUAUCUUAUCUCUGUUGGCUCUAUGAUAACCUUCUUAUAUAUGCAAGUUACUCUGAAGCAGCAAGAUAAACAAGGUGAUGUAUCAUGAAAAUAGGGUCUACGUAGCAUAAUCUAAUUUGUGUAUCUUUUCUCCUACAUUCAUUUCUUUACUUUGGUCCAUAAGUUUCCAGAGAUCUAUUUGAAACAACUAACCUGUCCUACUAGCCUGUCCUUUUUUCUAGAAUGUAUAAGCCGUAAAACUGUACUUAUUUUUAAUAUAUGUUGAAGCAUUUGGUACCAACAGAUUUUUCCGCAACUAACAUUGCGCAUAUUUGUCAUGGUUGGAUUUUGUUUAAUAUUGAAAACCUAAGAUUAGAACUGUAUACCAGGGGUCAUGGUUAGAAGUUGAAUGAUAAGGGAUGAAAUAAUUGAUUUUGGGUCAUAAAUCAAAUCAAAUGUGAUGAUUCUUUCUCCCGUUGCAACGCACGAGCCCUUUUGCUAGUAAUUUAAAAAGAAGGGAGAAAAGUUGUAGGAGGUCGAACCGUGCUCUAGGUCUGUUCGCAUUGUGCCUCCGCCAACGACCAAGGUAUUUUAAGUGCAUAAUUAUGCAUGCGCGAUGCGAACUUCGCGAGCAUAUGCGACGAACGACGGAGGCAGAACUGCUAAUCCAGCUCAAAAAUUGGCCGGUCUUGUGCAGUAGAGGCCGGUGGCUUAAUGGCAUAUAAGUUAUGCAGUUUAACGAGUCCACUUUGUACUUCGGCUGUGAUGGCCGUGGUAUACUCCUCGGAACGGAGGGGUUGUUCCUUUUUCCAGUGAUCGUUAUCACGCCGCAUGGACCGGGCAUCUUAAGCUUUUGAUAGGCGUAGUGUGGGACCACAUUGAAACGAGCGAACGCGGUCUGCCCAAGCAGUGCAUGGUAUCCACUGCAGAAUGGAACAAUAUUAAAGAUCAAGGCUUCGCUUCAAAAGUUGUCUGGCGAACCGAAGAUGACUUCCAGUGUGAUUCAGCCCGUACAGUGAGCUUCUUCGCAAGGUAUUACACCUUUGAAGGCGGUUGUGGUGGGCUUGAUCCUUGAGGUAUCAAUGCCCAUUUUGCGAACAAUGUCUUGAUAGAGCAAAUUAAGGCUAUUGCCGCCGUCCAGAAGGAAUCGUGUGAGAUGGAAUCCAUCGAUGAUUGGGUCGAGGACCAAAGCUGCCAAACCUUUGUGACGGAUAUCUGUUGGGUAGUCAUUGCGAUCAAAAGUGAUCGGACAGACUGCCGAUGGGCUAAAUUUUGGUACGACCAGCUUUAUGGCGUAGUCGUCUCGUGGUA